CGGGCCCGUUCCACGUGUACAGAAGCGCGGCGGGGCCGGGCCGGGGGGGCUCAGCUCCCGCCUCCCCCCACCGCCGCUCCGAGCCAUGGCCGCGGGCAGCGCCGCGCUCCUGCUGAGCCUCCUGGGGGCACUGGGGCUGAGCGACCCCGGCCCGCUGGAGGACGUGGUGAUAGAGCGCUACUACAUCCCCAAGGUCUGCCUGCGGGAGGCCCAGAUGGGGGACUUCGUCCGCUACCACUACAAUGGGACCUUUAAAGAUGGCAAAAAGUUUGACUCCAGCUACGACCGAGGAGCCACGGUGGCUGGAGUGGUGGGCGUGGGGCGGCUGAUCACCGGCAUGGACCGCGGGCUGCAGGGCAUGUGCGUUAAUGAGCGGCGGCACCUCAUCGUGCCACCCCACCUGGGCUACGGCAGCAUCGGCGUGGCGGGGCUGAUUCCCCCUGACGCCACCUUGUACUUCGACGUGGUGAUGUUGGACAUCUGGAACAAGGAUGACAAGCUGCAGAUCACCACCCUGGCCAAACCUGAGCACUGCAACCGCACGGUGGAGAACUCAGACUUUGUGCGGUAUCACUACAAUGGCACCCUGCUGGAUGGGACCCCCUUCGACUCCAGCUACAGCAAAGACAGCACCUACGAUACGUAUGUGGGCACUGGGUGGCUGAUCAAGGGCAUGGACCAGGGGCUGCUGGGCAUGUGCGCUGGGGAGAAGAGGAACAUCAUCAUCCCACCAUUCCUGGCCUAUGGGGAGAAAGGCUACGGGACCGUGAUCCCACCGCAGGCCUCGCUGGUGUUCAGUGUGCUGCUGGUGGACUUCCACAACCCCAAGGACGGCGUCUCCCUGGAGCACCUGGAGGUGCCAUCGUCCUGCAGGCGCAGAGCUGUGACCGGGGACUUUGUGCGCUACCAUUACAAUGGCACAUUGAUGGAUGGGACGCUCUUUGACUCCAGCUACUCCCGUAACCAAACCUACAACACCUACAUUGGGAAGGGCUACAUCAUCCCUGGCAUGGACCAGGGCCUGCAAGGCGUCUGCAUCGGCGAGCGCAGGCGGGUGGUGGUCCCCCCACACUUGGCCUAUGGCGAGAACGGAGUGGGGAACAAAAUUCCUGGCUCCGCUGUUCUCAUCUUCGACGUCCACAUCAUCGACUUCCACAACCCGGCCGACCCGGUGGAGAUUGAGACCGUGCACCGUCCCGAAGGCUGCAACGUCACCGCGCGCGACAGGGACUUCAUCCGCUACCACUACAACUGCUCCCUGCUGGACGGCACGCGGCUCUUCUCCUCCCACGACUACGAGAAGCCCCAGGAGGUGACCCUGGGGGCCAACAAGGUGAUCGAGGGCCUCAACAGUGGCCUCCUGGGCAUGUGUGUGGGGGAGAGGAGGGUGCUCAUCGUCCCCCCGCACCUGGGCCAUGGAGAGAAUGGAGCCCGGGGAGUGCCCGGCAGCGCAGUGCUGCGCUUCGAGGUGGAGCUGAUCUCCCUGGAGGAGGGCGUUCCUGAAGGAUACCUCUUCAUUUGGCACGGGGACCCUCCUGAGAACCUCUUUGAGCAGAUGGACCUCAACAAGGAUGGGCAGAUCCCCGCUGAUGAGUUCUCCACCUUCAUCAAGACCCAGGUUGCAGAGGGGAAGGGACGCCUCAUGCCCAGCUCCGACCCCGAGAAAGUCAUCGCCGACAUGUUUGGGAACCAGGACCGCAACCAGGACGGGCGCAUCACGGCCGAGGAGCUGAAGCUGAAGUCGGAUGAGGACCGAGAGAAGGUCCACGAGGAGCUGUGAGGAGCAGCCGUGGCUGGGACGGCUCCUGCCAUUUUCUGAUUGUUUUUUUCCUGACGUUCCUCACGGCAGAACAUCACAGUCUGCACUUCAUGCAGGGAGGUGGGAAGCAGCCCCGGCUGUGGGGGCUGCAGUGGGUCAGGUCAGCGCAUCCCCCCCCAUCUCUGCACUGCACCCAUUGAUCUCAGCACAGCCAGCACGGCCCCCCAGGGCCUUCCCUGCCCUCCCACCUCCCCAUGUCCUGAGCUCAGCCCCGAGCCCAGCUCUGACCUCUCUGCUCCUUCAUCCUCAGCCAGUGACUGCACAGCCUGCCGGCCCCACGCAGGGACAGGGCAGCUCCCCCCGCGUCUUUUGCAGUAUUACUGUAGUUUAGGGAUUUUUUGUUUGUCCUGGGUUAGUUUUAAAUACAUGCUCCUUUAAAGGAGAAACAGAGCUGCCAUCCCUGCUGCAGUUCCCAGGAGCUGGAGGUGGCUCAGGGCCCCAGCACAGCACUGCUGCCCCCUCCACCUGCUGCAGAGCUGGGAGCAGAGCUGGCUGCCUGCCUCGGGGAGCAGCAGGACAACCCUCCUCAUCCUCCUCACUGCAACAGCUGCCAGGGGGCGCAAGAAAUCAGCCCUGGUUGGUUCUGAUGCCAAAAUGCAGCCCAUUAACUCGGUGCUCUCAGGUUCGUGCCCAGCACAUCCCCACCACCUUCCCAGCAGCUCUGGAAGCUUUUGCACAGUUUGACCUUGCAAAGAGAAAAAACACAGGAGCAAAAAUGUGCAAAGGACCAGAGCAAACCCUCAAACAACGACUUCUAAGUGGCACCAAAUAAAUAAUUCCAAGUGGUUUCCAAGA